AUGAGUUCAACCUCCCGUCGGCAAAAAUCCACCGUGAGCAAACGCGUUGCCAACUAUCGACAGGACGCUUCGGAUACCAUCCGCCCUCAAUCUGCCUGUGAAUUGGGCGAUUUGGCCUACGUACCGCGUCGCAGGAGAAGCAGUUUGCAUGGACUCGACCCCACCUCCUCAUGUUCGGCCGAUGUGGAACGCAAAAGGCGCAGUCAAUCGCAAGUCGCAUUGAGUAGAAUUGGCGCCAGCGGUUCGCGUGAUCAUCUCGCCCACCGAUCCUUUUCCUCAGCUGCACUUAACCAACCGUCGGACAAUCGAAAACAACGCCGUGGCUCGGAGAAUUCAACGGCCUCCUCAGGCAAAGACACCGUACUGCGUGCAUCCACCUUCUUAAUGCAGCCCACUCUGGUUGCACAGUCACGAUGGAAGUUAUCGCCCGAAGCGGAGGAAGAUUCAACAUCCUCCUCUUUGCUUUCCUCUCCACCACCACCGCUUCCUCCUCCCCCUCCUCCUCCCCCUCCUCCUCCCCCUAUCCCAGCUAAGCCGACAAGCAGAAAGAGUAUAGAUGCAUCAAGGACUACCUCCCAAAUGAGCCGAUGGCGAAGCUUUGGAGUGAGUGAUGAUUGUAACCUUCCCCCUCCCCCCACCCUGAAGGCUGUGAUUGUGACCACUUCUGUCGUCAUCUGCGUCCUCUUUGAGGACUCUCUUGUAGGGGACGGAGUUACUGACCCCAGUACAGCUGAAGGCGAGAUGACGCUCUUUAGCAAGCGCAUCUUAUUCGCCAAUUCACUAGCCAAUGGGGGUCGUGACGACAGAAGAGUCCGCGCCGCCAAGGCGGCGAUUUAA